AUGGACACAGCCUUGCUGGUGGCUUCCGCGUCACUUUCCGUCUACAUUCCAGGAUGCCGCAUGUCCAACUUGCAUCACCAACGUUCCGAGUUGAUUUCCAAAUGCAUCGCCAUUGCCUUGUGCCUUGGUUUGUUUAGUUUGACAAUCUUGGAAGCUGUUCCCGACUCACUUUUGACAUGGUUAUCAACAGAUCAUGAGACGGCAUCGGUUUGGAGUAUUGCGCAUGCUUAUUGGAUUCUACUUUGGUGUUUGGUCAUUUUGAUUUUGGUGGUUUUGCCUUCCUUGAUGGGGAUUUCACUGGCAUAUACGUUGUCUACUUCCUUCCGCUACUAUUUCUUUACUACUGCUAGUAGUACUGGUGGUGGAGAGAAAGAUCCUUUUGGAUUGGAUCGAUGUUGUCCUUGGUGGCUCAAGCUGAUAUUGCACAUGAUCAAGGGUAUUUUCAGAAGAUUUUUUCGAUUGCUGUGUCGAGGAGUUGCCACCUUUUGUCCGUCUCGCCGUCCUUCAUCCAAGAGAUCCAGCAAUGUCAUUUUACCAAUGACAAUGACAUCAAAUAACAAGAGUAGUGAAAGUCUGGCAAGUUUGACGGGGGACAACAACCGAAGCUUGCCUGUUGUCAACACUACCAUUACCACUACCACUACUGCUGCUUCUAUCGGCGCCACCCUGCUGGGUGGUUUGGGUGGAAUCCUCGUGGCACUCUUGGCCCUUCGAACCUUGGGACCCUUGGUGGUGCAACCAACAUUGGAUGAUCAUAAUGCAUUGCCCUUGGCCGUCUCGUGGCUAUGUGGCUGGGGUCUAUUAGUCUCUUCCAUUCUCAAUGGAUUUGGAAGUGUUUCCAUGCCGCAUGCAUCUUUGACGGGACUUUACUUGAAACCAGUUCCGCCGGAAGUCAUUGCCAAGUUGCAAGCCGAACGAGAAAGCGUCAGACAAACAUUGGAAUCCAAGCGUCAGAGCCUGAAGGAAGUCAAUGUGACAAUCCCGUCGGCCACCUCCUCUGGAAAUGUCUUUUCGCCAAAGACCACCAAAACCACCUUUUCCAACAUGGGCGACGAACUUUCCAAUCGUCGCAACAUUUUGCAAACCGAGAUUGACUUUUUGGAAAAUUUGUGCCACGAAAUGGCCGAGGACAUUGACGAACUGAAAUAUACACAAAUACAGGCUGCAGCGGCCCGGACCACCAUGGGUCGCAUCCGAUUUUCGGUGGGGGUCGUCUUUUCCAUUAUUUUGUUGAUUCGGUUAUUCUCGGCGGCGCUCAAUAUUUGGAGGAGUUACACUCAGAAUAUGGACCGCCAAAAACAUUCGCAACCCGAUUUGGUGACCUCCAUUCUUGCCUUAUUAUUGGGUCACAACCUCGUGUCUUCGGAAAAGAUUACCAUGUUGUCUCAAGUGAUUUCACUGGCAUUAACAGCCUUUCUGUCCUUCAGUCAAGUUCGGACAUUUGUCAAGACAAUGCAUGUAGUGAAUCGCAAACUGAAUGGAUUCUGUUCCAAUGUUGUGUGUAGUACCAACCGACGAACAACAAAGCAACAACAACUAGAGGAACAAAAGAGCAGGAGUCAUCAUGCUGAACAAAAUGGUGCCUUGUCAUUAUAUGGGGGAGCCAUGGGGUACUUGGCGAUUCUAACUGGAUGUUGUUAUACCUUGACAUGUAUUGUUUCAAUCAAGACCAUGUUGCCCGAUGAGUAUUGCGUUGGGUUCGCCAAGGCCUUGGGAGGGUCCAUGGACGUAUUUACCAUUCAUACAGCAAUGGUCAAUGAGGUCUUUGCCACUUCGGCUGCCAUCAGUGCGUCCGUUUUGGGUGUCUUGUUUGGGAUUCAGCGGGACAAUAACUUUCGGCAUACUUCGACAUCGACGUCGUCGUCGUCGUCAAAAGCCAUUACCAUGAAUGGGACGUCCAGCACGACGUCCAGCACCAACAAGUAUCGGGGUGCGGAAGCUUGCUAA